AUGCGAAAGAUCCUUGGAGAGGAGGAUCACACUACUCUCAGGACUACUAACAACCUUGCCACAACCUAUCAUAACCAAGGUCGAAGAAAGGAGGCAGAGAGUUUGCUCACAGGAGGGCUAAAGACCAUACAGAGAGUAUUCAAAGAGGACAAUCUUUCUACAUUAACAGCCAUAAAAAGUCUAGCCGUAAUAUAUAUAGAAAAGGGUAAAUAG